CGCAAAGCGACACAUGACACAUUUUGUUUUAAAAAUAAAUAACAAACAAAAUACCAAACUUUAUAAAAUAUUUAAAAUUGUUAAUUUCCAUUAGAUUUAAGUUUAUCUAAAUUAAAGAACAUGACUUCUGCUUUAGCAUCAUUGACCGCUACUUACACGGAUUCUGAAGGGGAAGAAGACGGCAAUGAAGAUCAAGACGACAAUAUUAACGAUCAAGACGUUACAAUGGACUCCUCACCAAUUAACUCUGCAUCGGACAACAAAUCCAAUGGAUCUUCACAACCUGCCAGUCCAGCUCCGGUAAAAGUUACAUCAAAAGUAGCAAAACUAGUAUCAUAUCAAGACGACACUUUUGUAUCUGAUGAAGAAGACCCAUCAGAUGUACCUCACGAAGUAAUAAUUAUGGGUGAAAAUGAGACUCCAUCAGAUCAAGGUAUUGUAGAUGAGGAAAGUAUGAUUCCUCCAGAACCACCUGGUCACUGCUCCAUAGAAUUACAAGAUAAAAUUACAAAGUUAUAUGAAAAAAUGUCAACACAACAAAUGGAUAUGAAUGCUGUUAUUCAAAAGAGAAAAGAUUUUAGGAAUCCUAGUAUUUAUGAAAAAUUGAUUCAGUUUUGUGAUUUAAAUGAAUUAGGAACAAACUACCCUCCUUCAAUGUAUGACCCUCUGAAAUGGAAUAAGGAAUCUUACUAUGAAGAAUUAGCAAAAGUACAAAAAGCUGAAAUGGACAAGAGAGAAAAAGAAAGAAAAGGAAAAGUUGAAUUUGUUUCUGGAACAAAAAAGAAUGAAGAUGAUAAGAAGAGAAAAAGCAAAUGGGACCAGCCUGGCGGUGGGAGUGGUGCACCUCAAAACAUGAAACCUGCUGGGUUGGUACAGCCAUCCCUAACAACUUCUUCGACUGGUACCAAAGGGACAGUAAUUUCUGCGUUUGGUUCAUUACCCAAAAAGCCAAGGGCAUGAAGUUUGAAAAUAUAGAAUAAUAUUUAUUACUAGUGCAAAUUUUUAAUAUUGAUACCAAUCAAAUGUAAAUUAUUUUAGAUUUUGUAUAACUUCUUUCAUUAUUUGGUAAUAGCAUAUUUUUUAUUUAAAAGAUAGCUUUGAUGGUAAAUGAAAUAGUUUUUUAUGGAAUCAUUAUUUUGGUUUACAAAAAAAAUGUAGAAUGAAUAAUACUUAUUAUGUACAUAAAAAUAUAGGA